ACAGUUGAUUUGAUUUGAUUGAUUGGGAAAGAGUUUAGAAUACUGUUACUAACUACUGUACAAGGCUAAACAAAAUAUAACUUAGUCACUUAGGCCUAUCAAUUUUUAAAAUUUGAAAUUGACGUUAUGUUGGCGUCAUUCUAAAUUUACCUCAUAACUAAAUUUCAUAGUGAUAAAGAUAACAUUUUCACCGGUACCUGAUGAAACCUAACCAAGCUAAUUCUGAAGGGUCGACCAAUACUGAAGAUUCAGGCGAUGAUGUGGAUGAAACAUCCAGUGUUGGAAGUGGGACGACAGAUAAUACUUCUUCCCGAAGUGAGACCCCAACCAACAGAGGGAGGAAGGGCCGAAGAGGGAGACAGAAAGUUGUGAACAAUAAAUCUUCUAAAUUCGGAUAUAAAUUUACAUGUUUUAUCAAAGAAGACCACGGCAUGCCCCUUUUUGGGGUCCAGUUCAAUCACCUGCUCAAGGAGGGACAGCCGUUGAUAUUCGCCUGUGUCGGCAGCAACCGAGUGUCCAUCUACGAAUGUCCCCAGGACAGCGGGAUGACUUUGCUGCAAUGUUACGCUGAUCCUGAUGCAGAUGAAAACUUCUACACCUGUGCCUGGUCAUAUGAGGAGGAGAGUGGUAAACCUCUCCUAGCAGUUGCCGGAUCCCAUGGUAUCAUCAGGAUACUCAGCCCUGCAUCCAUGUCUUGCAUCCGCCAUUACAUUGGUCACGGUCAUGCAAUAAACGAGUUAAAGUUUCACCCUCGGGACCCCAACUUGUUAUUGUCUGUGUCCAAGGAUCACACUCUGCGACUGUGGAACAUCAAGACUGACGUUUGUAUUGCAAUUUUCGGAGGCGUUGAGGGACACAGGGACGAAGUUUUGAGUGCGGACUUUGACCUGCUCGGCAAGCGCAUCAUGUCUUGUGGCAUGGAUCACUCACUCAAGCUGUGGAGGCUGGACAAAGAUCACAUAGAGGAGGCUGUGGUAGCCUCGUAUGACUUCAACGCCAGUCGCAGCACUCGUCCAUUUGACUCCCUCAAAGAACACUUCCCCGACUUCUCCACAAGAGAUAUUCACAGAAACUAUGUGGAUUGUGUCAGAUGGUUUGGCAACUUCAUUUUGUCUAAGUCAUGUGAAAACUGCAUCGUGUGUUGGAAACCAGGUCGACUAGAAGACGACCAACUUCGCUUUAAUGAAACAAACAUUCAGAUCGUACACAAGUUUGAAUUCAAAGAGUGUGAAAUUUGGUUCAUACGCUUUGGAAUGGAUUUCUGGCAGAAAUACCUGGCUCUGGGUAACCAGAACGGACGUUUGUUUGUGUGGGACCUGAGUGUUGGCGACCCUGGUCAAGCGAGGAUUGCUACGUUAGCUCACCCACGAUGUAACUCAGCCGUGCGACAGACCAGCCUCUCCCGCGACGGCUCGGUGCUGCUCGCAGUGUGUGAUGAUGGAACCAUCUGGCGGUGGGAUAAACUCACCUCUUGAGGUGCUCACGUUUUUGUACAAGUCAUAACUUUUUUCUGUUAGCAUGUCAAGAUUUAACAUUAAAUUUUUACAUUUUUAAA